CCGCGGCCCUGGGCCUCGCGUGACCCGGCUGCGGGCCGGGCCGGGCGGCGGCGUGCGCUGCUGGGACACCGGGCCAGGCGGCGGCGUGGGUGAGCCCGGUGCUCUGAGCAGCGCUGCUGCACGUGUGAGCGCUGGCUGCGCUCCGCAGCUGGGGCCGCUCUGCGCAUUGCGUUCUUCCGUUGUGGAGAAAGGGUGAUAGUAGGCACGUGUGGCUCCGGGCUGCCGGAGGAGCUCACGGACCAUGCCCAAGAAGGGAGGGAAGCAUGCUGAGGUGGGGAGAGAAAUGCAGGUGCAGUCCAAACGAGCAAAGGUUGAAGCAGCUUGUUCAUCAUCAGUCAUGGAUUUUGAGAGCCCAGACAGCCUCUUUGCAAGCCUGAUCUCUCCCAUCAAACCAGAGGUGUUUUUCAAGGAGUAUUGGGAAGAGAAGCCACUGCUUGUUCCAAGAAGUGAUCCCCCACUGGCUGCUUACUACCAGUCCCUCUUCCAGCUGUCAGAUCUGAAGGAGCUGUGCAGCCAGGGGCUGUACUAUGGGCGUGAUAUAAAUAUCUGCAGAUGUGUGAAUGGAAAAAAGAAGGUUUUAAAUAAAGAAGGCAAAGUGAACUAUGUGCAGCUGAAGAAGGACUUUGACCAGAAAAAGGCAACCAUACAAUUCCAUCAGCCUCAGAGGUUUAAGGAGGAGCUGUGGAAGAUUCAAGAGAAGCUGGAAUGCUACUUUGGGUCUCUGGUUGGCUCAAAUGUCUACAUUACUCCACAGGGGUCCCAGGGCCUUCCUCCUCACUACGAUGACGUUGAGGUGUUCAUCCUCCAGCUGGAAGGUGAGAAGCAUUGGCGGCUCUAUAAACCAACAGUGCACUUAGCUCGGGAGUAUAACGUGGAGUCAGAAGAUAGGAUUGGGAAUCCCACGCAUGAAUUUGUAUUAAAGCCGGGUGACUUACUGUACUUCCCAAGAGGGACAAUUCACCAAGCUGACACACCUCCUGGGAUAUCUUAUUCUACACACGUGACCAUCAGUACCUACCAAAACAACUCCUGGGGAGACUUCUUACUGGAUGCAAUUCCUGGCCUUGUGUUCAAUACUGCCAAAGAGGACGUGGCCCUGCGGGCAAGCAUCCCAAGGAAACUGCUCAUGCAGGUGGAUAUAGCGGACUCGACAAAAAAACUGAGUGGCAUUCUGAGAAUGCUUGCGGACCGUCUGGAGAACACCGGAGAGCUGAGAUCAUCCGACAUGAGGAAGGAUUUCAUUAUGAACCGUUUGCCGCCUUGCUUGGGAUGUGAUUCUGACUCUUUAACUCCAGGUGGAAAAUUGCCAAAAUUAGAUAGCAAAAUCAGACUGCAGUUCAGGGAUCAUGCUGUAAUUACAGUGGAGCCGGAUCAAGAGAAUUCUGAUGAAAUUCGCAAGGAGAUGGUGUACGUGUAUCAUUCUUUAAAGAACAGGAGAGAAACUCACAUGAUGGGCACGGAAGAUGACGAUACUGCGAGCGAGGAAGGUGCAGCACAGCAGACUCCUCACGGACUGCGCUUUCCUUUGUCGUACCUGGAUGCGCUGAAGCAGAUUUGGAGCGGCAGCACUGUCUGUGUGAAAGAGCUCAAACUUAGCUCAGCUGAAGAGAAGGAAAACCUGGCCUUGGCACUGUGGACCGAAUGUCUCAUUGAAGUUUUUUAAUGUGAAUUAGGUCCUUAUGGAGUCUCUCAGGAGAAAGAAUUGAUUGAAUAAACCUAUGUUUUUGCAUCCAACCUUAGUUUGUACUGCCAACACUGUGUUGCAAUAUAAAUAUACUUUGCUAGUG